GUCCUCCGAGAUCAGCGGCCCCCUCCGGCCUGCGCCGAGGUCCCGCGGGCUGCGGGUCCCGUCCAUCGCUGCGGGGCCCACGAUGGGCAAGAGAGACCGGGCGGAGCGCGAUAAGAAGAAGUCCAAGAGGCGGCACUACGAGGAUGAGGACGACGAGGAGGACGACGCCCCGGGGAGCGAGCCCCAGGAGGCCGUGCCCUCGGCGGCCGGCAAGCAGGUGGACGAGGCAGGGACCAAGGUGGACGAGUACGGGGCCAAGGACUACCGGCUGCAGAUGCCGCUGAAGGACGACCACGCCUCCAGGCCCCUCUGGGUGGCUCCUGAUGGCCACAUUUUCUUAGAAGCCUUCUCUCCAGUUUACAAAUAUGCUCAAGACUUCCUCGUGGCUAUUGCUGAGCCAGUGUGCCGACCAACCCAUGUGCAUGAGUACAAACUAACUGCCUACUCCCUGUACGCAGCUGUGAGCGUUGGGCUGCAAACUAGUGACAUCACUGACUACCUCAGGAAGCUCAGCAAGACAGGAGUCCCUGAUGGAAUUAUGCAGUUUAUUAAGUUGUGUACUGUCAGCUAUGGAAAAGUCAAGCUGGUCUUGAAGCAUAACAGGUACUUCGUUGAAAGCUCCCAUCCUGAUGUCAUCCAGCACCUUCUCCAGGAUCCUGUGAUCCGGGAGUGCCGCCUGAGGAACUCUGAAGGGGAGGCAACUGAGCUUAUCACAGAGACCUUCACGAGCAAAUCUGCUAUCGCUAAGACUGCUGAAGGCAGUGGUGGCCCCUCCACUUCCAGGGUACCAGACGCACAGGGUAAAUCUGACAUCCCCACUGACCUUUUUGACUUUUAUGAGCAAAUGGACAAGGAUGAGGAAGAAGAGGAAGAGACACAGACAGUAUCUUUUGAAGUCAAGCAGGAAAUGAUUGAGGAACUCCAGAAACGUUGCAUCCACCUGGAGUACCCUCUUUUGGCAGAGUAUGACUUCCGGAAUGAUUCUGUUAAUCCUGAUAUCAACAUUGACCUGAAACCCACAGCUGUGCUUAGACCUUAUCAGGAGAAGAGCUUGCGAAAGAUGUUUGGGAAUGGGCGUGCACGCUCUGGAGUCAUUGUUCUUCCUUGUGGUGCUGGGAAGUCCCUGGUUGGUGUGACGGCGGCAUGCACAGUCAGAAAACGCUGUCUGGUACUGGGCAACUCAGCGGUGUCUGUGGAGCAGUGGAAAGCCCAGUUCAAGAUGUGGUCUACCAUAGAUGACAGCCAGAUCUGCCGCUUUACCUCUGACGCCAAGGACAAGCCCAUUGGCUGCUCCAUUGCCAUUAGCACCUACUCCAUGUUGGGCCAUACCACCAGAAGGUCCUGGGAGGCUGAGCGAGUCAUGGAGUGGCUCAAAACUCAGGAAUGGGGCCUCAUGAUUCUAGAUGAAGUUCACACCAUCCCAGCCAAGAUGUUCCGGCGAGUGCUCACCAUUGUGCAGGCCCACUGCAAGCUGGGUUUGACUGCAACCCUCGUCCGGGAAGAUGACAAAAUUGUGGAUUUAAAUUUUCUGAUUGGGCCCAAGCUCUAUGAGGCCAACUGGAUGGAACUACAAAACAACGGCUACAUCGCCAAAGUCCAGUGUGCUGAGGUUUGGUGUCCUAUGUCUCCUGAGUUUUACCGGGAGUAUGUAGCAAUCAAAACUAAGAAGCGAAUCUUGCUGUACACCAUGAACCCCAACAAAUUUAGAGCUUGCCAGUUCCUGAUCAAGUUUCAUGAAAGAAGGAAUGACAAGAUUAUUGUCUUUGCUGAUAAUGUGUUUGCCCUGAAGGAAUACGCCGUUCGGCUGAACAAACCCUAUAUCUAUGGCCCUACAUCUCAGGGAGAAAGGAUGCAUAUUCUCCAGAAUUUCAAGCACAAUCCCAAAAUCAACACCAUCUUCAUAUCCAAGGUGGGUGACACGUCGUUUGAUCUGCCAGAAGCAAAUGUCCUCAUUCAGAUAUCAUCUCAUGGUGGCUCCCGGCGGCAGGAGGCGCAGAGGCUGGGGCGAGUGCUCCGAGCGAAAAAAGGGAUGGUUGCAGAGGAAUACAAUGCCUUCUUUUACUCACUGGUGUCCCAGGAUACGCAGGAGAUGGCUUACUCAACUAAGCGUCAGAGAUUCUUGGUAGAUCAGGGGUAUAGCUUUAAGGUGAUCACAAAGCUUGCUGGCAUGGAGGAGGAAGAAUUGGCAUUCUCAACAAAAGAAGAGCAACAGCAGCUUUUACAAAAAGUCUUGGCAGCCACAGACCUGGAUGCUGAGGAAGAGGUGGUGGCAGGAGAAUUUAGUUCCAGAUCCAGCCAGGUGUCUCGGCGCUUUGGCACCAUGAGCUCCAUGUCGGGGGCUGAUGACACAGUGUACAUGGAGUACCACUCAUCACGGAACAAGGCUUCCACUAAGCAUGUGCACCCGCUUUUCAAGCGCUUCAGGAAAUGACACCCAUGAGGCCAGGCAGGUGAAGGCAUGGUUGUGGGCACCAACUUGGGAAAGGGAAUUUCACGUCCCACAUCCAAGUUCUUCCUUUGAGCACCGCCCAGACAGGUCUAGAUUCAGUAUCUGGUGUCUGUAGUGAAGAAAGUACAUCCAGAGUUUGAGUCUUGUCUUCAUGGGUCAUCUAGAUUUAAAAAAGGUGAGGGGGGAAGGGACUAUUUUUUUUUGUCUUUUCACACUUGUUGAAGAAGGGGUUAUUUCUGUAUAUAAAAAUUUGUAGUAUUUGUAUAUAAAUGUUCUCCUGAAUAAAUAGAAAUGAACACUGAACCGCUCUGCAUUUUAGAUCUUAGGU